AUGGCUGCUCCCCGGCCGCUGCCGCCGCCCGGGAAGACACAGGCAUGGGGCGCCACCGCGGAGGAGACACAAGGGGCUGGGCUUGGCUGGGGCCCCGCACCUACUGGCCGAGAGCAGCAGGAACCAGGCGCCGCUUGGGGGGAGCCGGGUGGCCCAAGCCCAGGGCAGCAGCAGCCUCUGCACCAGCUGGGGCAGGCAGGGAGCGUAGGUGCCCUGGGCUCAGGCCGCCCGGCUCCCCCCGAGUGGCGCCCGGUUCCUGCUGCUCUCGGCCGGCAGGUGCGGGGCCCCAGCCAAGCCCGGCCCCUUGCGUCUCCUCCGUGGCGGCGCCCCCCACCCACGUCCUCCCUGGUGGCAGCAGUGGCCGGGGAGCCUGAGAGGAGGGGUGGUCCCCGGGCAAGCGGGGGAGACUCCGAGGUAAAGAGGCUGCUGGCCCCGGUGCAGCCAGAGCGCUGGAGACUGACAGUCCCCGCCGCAGGCGCGGCUAGGAAUCCCCAGAGCAGCGAAGCGGGGCUCCGGCCACCCGGGCGCGGGGGCGAGCUGCGGGAGGACGCCAAGGGGCUGGAGCUGGGGCAGCGGUGGCGGCUAGCCCGGGCCCGGGGCUGGCGCUCGGGGCGUUGA